AUGUUGUGCGCAAGCCGGGUCUACGAAAAGCGCCUGAUUGAAGCAUAUAUCAGCGAAAAUGGCACCGAACCCGAGACCGGAGACGCUCUCUCUAUUGAAGACCUCAUCGAGCUCAAAACCGAUCCCACAGUAUACCCUCGGCCUCCGCAAAUGACGUCCAUCCCAGCGAUGCUGUCUUUGUUCCAAAACGAGUGGGACGCUUUGGCGUUGCAGACAUUCACCCUCCAAAAAGAACUGGAACAGUCGCGGAAAGAACUGAGCGUGGCUUUGUAUCAUCAGGAUGCGGCUGUACGCAUGAUUGCUCAACUGACUAAAGAGCGGGAUGAAGCACGACAGGCUUUGGCCAAAGUCAGUGUCAAUGCUGUCCCUUCUAACGCGGCAGAUGGCGAUGCUAUGCAGGUGGACAGUGCCCCUCUACCAGCACCCAUCGUGGAGAAGAUCGAUUCCACAAAAGAAAGUUUGUCGAGGACAAGACGAAAGCGACCUGUUCCAGAAGAUUGGGCCUCCUCCGACGAGAUUUUGAGCUACGUUCCCACGUCGACCUCGGAGACACCAUAUUCUGGUGGAACAGUGCUUAGUGUACACAAGGCAGGGAACCUCGUUCUUGUGGCUGGAAAUGGCAGCACUGCGGGAGUUUUGUCGCUGUCAGAGGACAGAAUAGUCCAGUCCUUGGACGGCGGCAAGGGUUCGGUGAACAGCGGACUCUGGGCAGAAGAUAAAGCCAUCAUUGCAUUGUCCACCGGUCAAGUGAAGGGUUUCCUGGCCAGCAAGGAGAUCUUCUCGUUCUCUGCCCACGCUGGCAGUGCCACUGCCGUCGCACUGCAUCCUAGUGGCAGCAUUCUCGCAUCCGUGGGUGAGGACAAGAGUUACAUCCUUUACGAUCUCGAUUCGAAGACUCCGACGCAGCUCACUCAAGUCCAAACAAACUCAGGUCUCAACUGUGUGCAAUUUCACCCUGAUGGUCAUUUGCUGGCUGCUGGUGGCUCAGAUGGACAGAUCAAGAUUUUUGAUGUCAAGUCUGGCUCGCAAGCAGCUGCAUUCGAACUCUCUGGCACAGUGAAAUGCAUCUACUUUUCCGAAAAUGGCACCUGGCUUGCGGCCGUGGCUCAGGGGUCAUCGGCAAUAUCCAUCUGGGAUUUGAGGAAAGGUGCAGAGAUCAAGACCAUCGAAACUAGCAGCCAAAUCAACUCAAUUAGCUGGGAUUACACGGGACAAUACUUGGCUGCGGCAGGAGCAGACGGAGUGACAGUCGAACAAUACUCCAAAGCCACAAAGGAGUGGUCGCAGAUCCUGAAGAAGGGAGUUUCGGCAAAGAGUAUCGCCUGGGGUCAGGGCGCCCACAGCCUUCUCACCCUCGAUGAUGGAGGAGCCCUUACGAGCCUGUGUGCGGCUGUGUAA